AACCCUCAAGACCCCUCACAGCCGAAGAUCAUCGUUGGAUCGUCAUUGAAGCUGACUUGGCUUCGACAGCAUUUUAGCGCGCUUGAGGAUGAUGCAGAUGAUGUGACGGUUGACAGACAUGCCCGAGCUUACAUCUUGUACCUGUUUGGAUGCAUCUUGUUUCCGGACAAGAGCGGCGACUCGGUAUAGUUGAUCUAUCUCCCUCUACUAGGAGACUUGGAGCGCGUAGAUGAGUACAGUUGGGGAAGUACUACCCUAGCGUAUCUGUAUCGUAACUUAUGUCGAGCAUCUCGUAAGGGUGCCAAGGACAUGGGUGGAUGCUUGAUGUUGUUACAGAUAUGGUCAUGGGAGCACAUUCAUAUAGGGAGGCCCAUUAUUCGGACGGUUCGACCGGAUGGGCAACAUGAUCAGGAAGAUGACGCGGAUGAUUUUGAACCGAUAUUAGGGUCACAGCAUCGGCGCGGGAUGGAUCCUUUGGCAGUAAGCUGGCUUCGCGUAUAUCUUUCGAGAUCCCACUCCCCACAUACUCUCGUCUACUACAGGGACGCACUAGAUCGACAACGGGAUGAGCAGGUUGAGCACAUCCGAUCGUAUGGAGAUUCUAACUUGUCUUCUCCACCAUCACCAUCACCACCACCACCACCAAUUUGUAUUGAUAUUACAUCCCCUUAUUAUCUUGGUCCUCAUGAUCGUCCUGGUGAUUUCAUUACUGUAACGGCCCGAUUUAAGUGA